AAUUUCAGACCAGACACAUUGAUAGGGUAGGAAUACGGCUGCCUCAGCUGUGCAACGGACUUCUCUGCUACUGGCGAGUUGUGCAGCCCUCUCCCCGCCUUGUGAUUCCACUCGCCGCCCUUUGUCGCUGUCGCACAACGUCGCACAACGUCGUUCAACCGCUGAUUUCGCCCAAUUCGCCGAUUUCGCCCGUUUCGUGGCUGCACUUUCACUGUCUAGAGAGCCACCGUCGCCAGCAUCGCCAUCAACAUAAUUGUCUCUCAUCAAUUUCGCUUAGUCCUUCGCUACACGCAUCAUCCUUGAAACGUCUGCCUAGACCGCCGCCGCCGUCGCCACCGUCGCUACCACUGUCGCCACGAGCAUCGCUAUCAACAUCACAGUCGUUCUCUCGCCCUCUCGCAUCGCUAUCGCCUCGACCUUCGCUGCACCCAUCAUCGUUGUAACGUCCGCGGCUCCUCGCUGGAAUAGAGCGCGUCUCCUCGCUGGACUAGCCAAGAGCUUUGACUACGAUCGUUGUCGGUGCGAGUGCGACUUCUGGCCGUACGAUCAACAUGAUUCUCGCACGGAUUCUUUCCCGCUCCGCUCGUCGCGGGGCAGCGAGACCCCUUCCCGCCUCUCUCGUCUCUCGCCUUUCAACGCCCAAUUUCCCUCGCUCCGCUAUAGAUGCCACUAGCACCGUCCCGUCUCAUUGUGCUCUUAGCGGAGCAGCAGCCCUCCGGCCUAUAGCGGGGAUGCCGCCGCUGCCGUUCGCAGCUGCUGCGUCGUCGUCUCUGGCGGGAGUCGGGGGAACGGCUGCGCCAAGCGGCGUCGCUUGCUCGCCGCAAUUGUCGGAGGGAGUGGACUCGUCGCCCUCAGCUCCCGCCGCGCACGUCUUUAAACAGCCGUCGGUGAUCGAGCUGGAGCGGCUACAAGCGGAGGCGCUUAAAGGUGGAGGAUUUGAGCGCAUAAGGAAGCAGCACAAGCAGGGCAAGCUGACUGCGAGGGAGCGAAUCAUGACCCUGUUGGAUCCGGGGUCGUUCGAAGAGCUAGACAUGCUGGUGCAGCAUCGCUGCCGGGACUUUGGCAUGGGUGAAACGCAAAUUGCAGGCGACGGCGUCGUCACUGGCAGUGGCACCAUCAACGGAAGGCUCGUGUUUGUGUUCAGCCAGGACUUCACAGUGUUUGGAGGCAGUCUCUCUGAGACCCAUGCCAGCAAGAUAGUCAAGAUCAUGGAAAAGGCAAUGCGAGUUGGAGCCCCGGUCAUCGGCAUCAACGAUUCGGGGGGAGCGCGCAUUCAAGAAGGGGUGGUGUCGCUGGCGGGCUAUGCCAACGUCUUUCAGCUGAACGUGCUGGCAUCAGGCGUCAUCCCGCAGUUGUCGCUCAUCAUGGGGCCAUGCGCAGGUGGUGCUGUCUACUCGCCUGCACUCACAGACUUUGUGGCCAUGACCCGCGGCACGGCCUACAUGUUUGUGACGGGACCUGACGUGGUGAAGCAGGUCACAUUUGAGGAUGUCACCCGGGACGAGCUAGGAGGGGCGGACGUGCAGUCCAAGUCGGGCGUGGUGCACCUGGCGUACGACAACGAACUUGAUGCUCUUGCAAGGAUCCGAGACCUCUUUGACUUCCUGCCGCUCUCCAAUCAGCACGCGCCACCUCUCCGCCCCAACUUUGACCCCCCCAACCGUGUCUCGCCCUCUUUGGACUUUGCUGUGCCUCGUGACCCCAACACUGCCUACGAUAUGGUUGAAAUCAUAGAGCAGGUGGUGGACGAUGGCGAGCUCUUUGAGGUGCAGACUGGCUUUGCACGCAACAUCAUCAUUGGGUUCGCGCGGCUGGAAGGUGGCACUGUGGGAGUGGUGGCCAAUCAACCCAAGGAGCAGGCUGGCUGCCUUGAUAUCAACGCCUCUAUUAAGGGAGCUCGUUUCGUGCGCUUCUGCGAUGCUUUCAACAUCCCCAUCCUCACCUUUGUCGACGUCCCAGGCUUCCUCCCAGGCACCGAGCAGGAGCACAACGGCAUCAUCAGGCAGGGAGCGAAGCUGCUGUACGCAUAUGCAGAGGCUACUGUGCCCAAGCUCACUGUGAUCACCCGCAAGGCAUACGGGGGGGCGUAUGAUGUCAUGAGCUCCAAGCACCUGCGAGGGGAUGCCAACUACGCCUGGCCGUCUGCCGAGAUCGCAGUGAUGGGAGCAAAGGGCGCAUCGGAGAUCCUGCACAGGGGCCAUGUGGACAUAGAAGCAUUAACAGCUGAGUACACUCGGAAGUUCGCCAACCCGUACAGCGCUGCGCAGCUGGGGUAUGUGGAUGCGGUGAUCAUGCCUCGAGACACCCGGAAAGUGCUGUGCAAGGAGAUGGCUCGCCUCAGAAAUAAGAAAUUGGCCAAUCCAUGGAAGAAGCAUGACAACAUGCCGCUGUGAUCAUCCUCCUUGGAGCUCACAGCGCCUUUUGAGGUGCUUGAGGGGAGAUUCACCGAUUCUACUACCUAUCAGAGAUUGGCCAAUCCAUGGAAGAAGCAUGACAACAUGCCACUCUGACAACCCUCGCUGCACCUCACAGCGUGCCUGACGUGCAUAAGAGGUGAUCGUCUGUAUUGAUGUACCAGCCUUUAACAGAUGGUGUGCUUGGAUUCUUUGGAGCCAGUUGCCAUCGUGGCUUGGAGCCCCUUUCCUGAGUUUGUACAUGGUAGUUAUAGGGCUGAUUUUAUCAGACUGUUUACUCUAAUUACGGUAGUCUGAAAUCUCAGACCGGUUUUUUUGUGCAAACCUGAAUUUCCAGAUACUGUAAUCUCCCGGGAUAAUGGACCCCAUGGUCUUCACAGAAAUACCUAGGAAGGUAGACAUGGAUGGAAGCUUUUAGGACCCAUGGAUGGAAGUUGCGUAUUAGGACCCAUGGAUGG